CGGAAAGCCGUCAAGGAACGAAUUCUGGUGGACAUGUUGGGCAGCGUUAUAGACAGUGCUGGGUGUGGCUGGAAAGUACUGAUUCUAGACGAGUUUACAACACACGUUCUCUCGUCUACGCUACGCAUGUCAGACAUUCUUGAGUGCAAUGUAUCCGUCGUCGAGGACCUAGCAAAGCGGCGAGAGCCGCUGCAGCAGGCCGCCGUGUACUUUAUCCAACCCAGCCCCCAGAGCAUCGCGCGGGUUUUGGAUGACUUCGGGGGUCCGACCGGGACAGCAGGAAUCGGCAAGGCUGGUGCGAAGCAGCUGUAUCCGUCCGCACAUAUAUUCCUCUCGAACAAGCUUCAGACGGAGGGUCUCGAAAAACUGAAGGCAAACCCACGACUGGUUAAGUCUCUGAAGACCCUUAAGGAGCUCAACCUGGAGUUUCUGACAGUGGAUUCGCGCACUAUGGUCACAGACCACCCGGAGGCAGCUCGCUUGCUCCUGGGCGAUGCAGCUGACAACCAGUCGGCUGUUAAGAAGGAAAUGGACGCAAUCGCAUCCCGUUUGGCGACGCUCUUUACGUCGUUAAAGGAGUUCCCGUCCGUAAGGUACGCCGGCUCGCAAUGUGUGUCCGCGAUGACGAUGUUAUCCCCGGACCUGCAAUCCCCCGACCGAAAGCGGGUCCCAACAUGGCCGACAACGGUGGGAUUCAGAAGUGAUUUUCGUCCCUGCACUUUGCAGGAGACGUGCGACGUGCUAAUCCUUGAUCGAUCAUACGACGCCGUGGCGCCGUUCAUUCACGAAUGGUCGUACGAGGCAAUGGCAUACGACCUGCUACGCCUCGAAGGGAAAGUCUACAGGUAUCAGGUGGAGAGCCAGGGCGGCGGCAAGCCGGAGCCGCGGGAGGCUAUCUUGGAGGAGGGUGACGAGUUGUGGUUGGAUCUACGCCAUAUGUUCAUUGCGAACGUGUACACGACGCUGCAUGCCCGCUUUGAUGAGUUCCGGAGCAAGAACAAGGCGGCCAAGGCGGCUGGUGAGGGCAAGGGCAGCGACGCGAUGUCGGAGUCGAAUAUCCGUCAACUCAUUAUUGCACUGCCGCAAUACCGGGAGCAGUUGGGCCGACUGGCAAUGCACAUCCAGCUGAGCACCGAGCUUCAAACUGCCACGCAUGCGCGGGCAUUGACGGACGUGGGCGAACUGGAGCAGGACGUGGUGGUUGGGGAGAAGAACUCCAAGGACCUUCUGGCGUUCCUCACAGAGCACCAGUCUCAAAUGGACCCCUCGGACAAGCUGCGGUUGCUGGCAUGCUACCUGGCGACCCACCCGGGCAAGCUGGAUGAGACCAAGCGGCAGCAGUGGCAGAAGACUGCGGGGCUCACGAGGGACGACAUGUCGGCGCUGUGCGAAGGCCUUACACGGCUGGGCGUGCGCGUCAUGGACACACCCGUGCCGUCGGAAGGCAGCAAAAGCUUUUUUGGGGGCAGCAAGAAGAAGAACGCCGUGAAGGCCACGCGCAAAAAGAACGGCGAUGAGGAUGAAUACGCGCUCAACCGCUUCCAGCCGCUGCUGCACGACUUGGUGACGGACAUGGCGAUGGGAGUGAUGAGCACGGAGAAAUUUCCGUAUGUCAGGCCGCCCUCUUCCGGGGCCGACAGUGACCCUUCCAAAGUCGCAGCCUCGGCUCGGACGGCACGUUCCGGCCUGAAUUGGGCCAAGCGGAACCAGGACGGGGCGGGUGGCUCCGGCUUGGGGCCUUCGGGGCGGCGCCUUGUGGUCUUCAUCAUAGGCGGGGCCACGAGAGGCGAAAUGCGUGUGGCUCAUCGGCUGGCGCGUGAGCUGGAUCGGGACGUGAUUCUAGGGUCCACUAGCAUAGACGCGCCCAGCACGUUUGUGGACCUGCUCUACAGCAUCGCGCUGCCCAAGGCGCAUCACUAG